UCACCACGCCCAUCGAUACGGGUCGUUAGGUCGUCGCGAGCUGCCUAUCUCCAGCUGCCCGUGAACGCGUUGGGCGUCAUGCGAUCUAACGUCCGCAGAGCCUGAGCCAGCUACUACACACACCAGCCACCUCAGCGUGCCUGCCAGAGGAUGACCGACGUCUCCUCGGCCCAGGCGCAUGCUGACCCUCAGCCUGCACCGACUGCCUUCUACGGCGCCGGGCCCCCGCCGCCAGCCUACUCGCUCGGCUCGCCGGGCCUGGAUGGCGCCGUCGACGAAGAAGAGUCGUCGACGAUCAAAUGCAUCUGCGGCUUCGCCGACGACGACGGCAACACGGUGCUGUGCGAGAAGUGCGACACCUGGCAGCACAUCGUCUGCUACUAUGAGUCGGCCCAGCAUGUGCCCGACGUGCACGAGUGCACAGACUGCAGCCCCAGACCCGUCGAUUCGAGAAGAGCUGCUGACAAGCAACGCCAACGAAAGGAACUGCUGAACCUCACUGAUCGCAAGGGCCGCCCAAAGACCACCACCAAGAACCCGAAGAAGCGCCCCAAGGAUCCGCUAGGGUCUGCGCAGCCCAACGGCUGGUCGACGACCUCGAACAACGACCUCCACUACAACCCUGAACGCAAGAGUGGGAGCCCACGAGAUCUCCCUCCACCGAACAAGCGGCCGAAGACAAACCACCGUCCGUCUGGUUCCGUCGGCGUCAUCAGUUCUGCACCAGCGCUUGCCCCUGCGUCGCGCAAACGAGGCGGUUCCGUUGUCGUCAACGGAUACAGUCCUAUCAAGUCUCCUACACAAAUCGAUGGUCCAAUUGAAGACUUUUCAUUGGAAUUCAUGAAUCUCUACACAUCGCCCGAGCCGCCGUCGGCUGACAACAACUCCUACACGAGUCUGGGCGUCGCUAGCGACAUUGCCAUGUGGCUUCAGGAUCCAGACGCCUUGGCCGAGGCCAGCGGUGGUAAGAAGCCACAAGAUCUCUUCUCACGCAUUGAGAACACCCUCCAGGACCUUGAGACCUCAACUGCGCCCGCCAUCACCAAGCAAACAGAAGUCGAUUCUGGCAUAUCGGCACAUGGACUCCACCCACAAUGGCACUUCAUCACCACCGACAGCCCAAUCGCUGAUGGAGGGUAUGUGGGUGAAUUGAAGGGCUUAGUUGGGCGGAGAGAAGAGUACUGCCAGGACCCCGAGAACCGGUGGAACUUGUUGCGUCACCCCGAACCCUUCGUCUUCUUCCCGCCUCACCUCCCAAUAUACAUUGACACCCGGCAAGAGGGCAAUGUCUUGCGCUACGCAAGACGCAGCUGCUCACCCAACAUGGCCAUGAAGAUUCUUGUUGAAGCUAGCAGCGACUAUCACUUCUGCUUCGUAGCGACACGACAGAUCGAGCCAACUGAGGAACUCACCGUUGGCUGGGAUAUCGACUCCGAGGUACAGAAACAACUUCUCAAGGUCGCUACAAACGGCGCAAAGGACGGCUUCAGGAGGAUACAGCCGUGGGUGUCUUGUGUUCUUGCCAACUUUGGCGGGUGUGCAUGCGACACCUCGACUGGGCAUGAAUGUCUUCUAGAGCGAGCCCGUCGACCCAUUCCUGAGCCCGCACAAUCCACCAAGACCAAGACAAAGAAGUCGAAGAAGUCGCAGGUGUCGCCUCUCAGCACUGGUCGUGCGACCAACAGCCGUGCUGGCAGCGAAACACUGCACCGCGACAAUGUCGAUGACGACAACGUAGACAGCCGCUCUACAUCCGGCUCACACAAAUCUAGCAGCCGGGAUAUUACGCCCGCAACACACUUCUCCCUCGACGGAGACGUGAAGAUGUCGGACCGCGAGAGGCGAAAGCUGCAACAGCAGGAAAGACUGUUCGAACAGAUGGAGGACGAACAACACAAGGGUAAGAGGGGGAAAAGGAACAGUGCUGGGUCCACUCUCAAUACGCCCAGCAUUGCUACCUCGGUAAGACGCCCAAAAAGAUCCGUGUCUUCAAACACUGACUCAUUUAUGCAGAGACGGCUUGGACACCCGGAACCUUCACCCUCGGCACGUCACCGCGAACACAGCCAUGGUGUGGCACGGAAGACGUCCGGUGGUUCGUCAAAGGCCAAAGCUCGUAGCACGCCGAAACCGAGACCUGUCUACGUCGAGGCAUCUACACAAACGGAAGGUGACGACGUCGCUACCGUUAUACGCACAGAAAUGAAGCCGCCAAUGUCGUUCAAACGCAAGCUCCUUCAACAGGCACAAGAGGACAAGCUACGACGUGAGCGAAUGCGGUCUGCAUCCAUAAAGCUGGAGGGCAAAUCCCCGGCGCUUAACGACGUAUCGUCAAACAAACCCUCUCCUCUGCCACCGUCUCCCCCACUCGAGUACACAUCGACAAUGGAAGUUACCCUGGAUCCUGCGUCGGUACCACGGCCGAAAGAGUUGACACCAGCGAAGGAAUUGUCACCAACUCCUACUGCUGAUGUGGAUAUGGCAGACGCUGAUGAUGUCGUCCCAUCAAAGGUUGCCGAACCCAAGGUCGAAGAGAUGCCCGAUGCUCCUGAGGUGCAGAGCUCUAACGAGGCCUCACUUCCUUCCAUGAAUCCGCCUGCACCGCCAUGUCCAGCCACUUCCCCUCCUCGACAAUCACCAGCACUCAGUUCAGACGAGGCAGCAAAGUCUGCCUCCGUGAAAGCGGACGUGCUAACAAAGCCGGAGCUGAGCAAUCCUUUCUCUGCAAACUCGGCGGCCAUUCCAGUUGCGACUGAAGCCCCAAGGGUGGAAUCUCCUGUGGCGAUAGCUUCGCCUUUCUCCCCUGCCGUGCAAGAAGCUGUCAACCCGACACCAGUUCGGAAGAAGCUCAGCUUGAGCGAGUUCGCCAGUCGAAGGGCGAAGCUUGCCCAGACGACAACGAGUUCGAAUGGCACACCACCUCUGGCAUCGCAAUCAACCAGCUCGCCUACAUUGUCAGCGGCAAGCUUGCCGACCGCUUCACCACCCAGCAAGACUGCUGAGCUGUCCUUACCUGUCGUUACAGAGGAGCCGCAGCCCAUGCAGACCAUUGCUGCUACCACGACCGCGCCUACCCCGACAUGAGAUAUGAUACCCAGAGGCCGUUCUUUCGGAGUCUUUUCCUUCUUGGCCGCUCGAUGCUGCCACCUUUCUUCUUCUCGAAGAUGUACAUUAUAUAAUCGUGCGGGCGACACCUUUUUCUUCUAUCUUGUUCUCUUCACGAAUGUAACGUUCAAUCCAGUCGCCACCACGAGUUGUGUUGAUGAAAGAAUGGGGUUUCAAAAGCAAGGCGUUCAAUCACAGCUAUGGCGCCUUUGGCUAUGCUAUUCAUGGGCGUUGGCUUUGGUAAGCCAAGGCAUUGGACGAUCACUUGUGAGAUGCCAGAAGCAAGAGCACAUUUAUUUACGUAGGAUAGUUGAUGCGAUACGCACAGCUGACAAUGCUGUUGAACCCGCCAAGAGGCGUGGUGACGAAUACAAGUAAAAGUACACUCCAAUGUGCUGAUCUUCUGCCAGUGACUCGAC